UCUCACGCGCCGAGCUUCACCUCUCCAUCAGAUGGCGGGGAGCGCGCGCUGAGGGAACUUCACUGAGGCGCGCUUAUACUGAACAUGAACUCUCCACAGGAACGCUGAUUUUACUCGUUUACUGUCGCUUUAACGCGUUUGUGGAAGAACUGAGAGAAAAGUAGCGCGGACACGGACAAACCGAGGAUAUUUCAUCUGAAAGAUUUCUGUUUGGAGGCGGUUUGCCUGCUGUCUGUUGCAAGAGUGAUCUGAGGUAAACAAAUCACCGGACCCAACGAACCUUUCGUUGAACAAACAGUCACAGUUCAGUUUCAUUUGAUCAGGUUUACAAUAAACUCCAUUUACAGACGUUGUGCCGAAUAUCAGUUUUUUGUCCGAUGAUGGGCAGAAGUGAUCAGACCGCGAGGAGAGCGCGAGGCGCAUCGGGAUUCAUACACACGAUCACUCUGAUGAUUUUUACUCUUUUAUUGCUCAUCAGCAUCGGAGCUGCUCAAGAUGACGACUAUCUCGGAUUGGGGGAACUCCCUGAGACCUUCCCCUCCGACCCACCCGAGCCCCUCCCACACUUCCUGAUGGAACCGGAAGAGGCGUACAUCGUCAAGAACAAACCCGUCAAUCUCUACUGCAAAGCCACGCCCGCCACGCAGAUCUACUUCAAGUGCAACAGCGAGUGGGUUCAUCAGAAGGAACAUACGGUGGAGGAGCGCGUGGAUGAGACCUCAGGUCUGGUGGUUCGGGAGGCCAGUAUCGAGAUCACCCGUCAGCAGGUGGAGGAACUCUUCGGGUUGGAGGAUUUCUGGUGUCAGUGUGUUGCCUGGAGCUCAGCCGGGACCACCAAAAGUCGCAAGGCUCAUGUGCGCAUCGCCUAUCUGAGGAAAACCUUUGAUCAGGAGCCGCUGGGUAAGGAAGUGUCACUGGAACAGGAAGUGCUUCUGCAGUGCCGCCCACCUGAAGGAAUACCUGCAGCUGAGGUGGAAUGGGUGAAAAACGAGGAUAUAAUUGACCCUGCAGAUGACCGAAACUUCUAUAUCACCAUCGAUCACAACCUGAUUAUCAAACAGGCCCGUCUGUCAGACACUGCUAACUACACAUGCGUGGCCAAGAAUAUCGUUGGCAAACGGCGAAGCACCACUGCGACUGUCAUAGUUUACGUUAAUGGAGGCUGGUCUACAUGGACCGAAUGGUCGGUUUGUUCUAGUCGUUGUGGCCGGGGCUAUCAGAAGAGAACGAGAAGCUGUACCAAUCCAGCACCUUUAAACGGAGGAGCCAUCUGUGAGGGCCAAGCCAUUCAGAAACUGGCCUGCAACCCCCUAUGUCCAGUGGACGGUCUGUGGACGGAGUGGAGUAAAUGGUCGACAUGUGGUACAGAAUGCACCCACUGGAGACGGCGAGAAUGCAACGCUCCGGCACCUAAAAACGGCGGGAAAGAUUGCGAAGGAACCGUUCUCCAGUCCAAAAACUGUACAGAUGGACUCUGUAUGCAGAGUUCCUUAUUUCAGAAGUCCUCAGAACCCAAAGAUGAGAGCAAUUCUCUACCUCACCCAUCCGCUCCUAGCACAGAUGAUGUGGCCUUGUAUGUGGGCAUCGUCAUCGCCGUCAUCAUGUGUUUGGUCAUCUCUGUCAUUGUGGCGCUCUUUGUCUACCGGAAGAAUCAUCGAGACUUUGACUCGGACAUCAUGGAUUCAUCGGCGCUCAAUGGUGGAUUUCAGCCGGUGAAUAUCAAGACUGCUCGGACAGCUGAUCUUUUGACAGCACCUCCUGACCUGACGUCAGCUGCGGCCAUGUAUAGAGGUCCUCAUUACGUCCUCCACGACGUCGCAGACAAGAUCCCCAUGACCAACUCUCCUCUGCUCGACCCGCUGCCCAACCUGAAAAUCAAAGUGUACAACUCGUCCGGUAUGGUGACGCCUCAGGAGGACCUGUCUGACAUCUCGUCCAAACUCUCACCCAAACUCCCCCACGCUCUCAUCGACAGCGACACCAUCAGUCGGCGCACGCAGACUCUGAUGCGAUCACGGGACCCAUCGUGCACCGCGUUCGGUUCUUUCAAUUCUCUCGGAGGACAUCUGAUCAUCCCGAACUCAGGAGUGAGUUUGUUGGUACCAGCAGGUGCGAUCCCUCAGGGUCGAGUGUACGAGAUGUUUGUGACCGUUCACAGAAAGGACACUAUGAGGCCACAGGUGGAUGACACGCAGACUGUUUUGAGUCCAGUGGUGAGUUGUGGUCCAACUGGAGCUCUCCUGACCCGACCCGUCAUCAUCACGAUGCACCACUGCGCCCAGCCCGACAGCGAGGACUGGCUUAUACAACUGCAGAGCCAAUCACAGCAGGCACAGUGGGAGGAUGUUGUGAUUGUAGGUGAGGAGAACUUCACCACCCCGUGUUAUAUUCAGAUGGACGAGGAGGCGUGUCACAUCCUCACAGAAACAUUAGGGACGUAUUGUCUAGUGGGUCAAUCUGUGAGCGCCGCCACCACUAAGAGACUGAAACUGGCUGUGUUUGGACCUGUGAGCUGCACGCAUCUGGAGUACAACAUCAGAGUUUACUGUCUGGAUGACACACAGGACGCACUGAAGGAGGUCCUUCAGAUGGAGAAGCAGAUGGGUGGAAAGCUGCUGGAUGAACCAAAGUCUCUAAACUUCAAAGACAGCACCCAUAACCUGCGUCUGUCCCUGCAUGAUGUCCCACACACCCACUGGAAGAGCAAACUGCUGGCUAAAUACCAGGAGCUGUCGUUCCAGCAGGUGUGGUGCGGCUCUCAGCGUAAUCUUCACUGUACGUUUACUCUUGAACGUUUCAGUAUCACUACACUGGAUCUCUCCUGUAAGCUGUGUGUGAGACAGGUGGAGGGUGAAGGACAAAUCUUUCAGCUGAACACCACCCUGUCUGAGGACUCUCAGUGUAUCGACACGUCUCUUCUGGACCCAGCCAGUAACAUCACCACACUAGUGGGGCCAAACGCUUUCCGGAUCCCUCUGUCAAUCCGACAGAAACUGUGCGGGAGUCUGGACGCCCCUCAGACCCGCGGGAACGACUGGAGAAUGCUGGCACACAAACUCAACCUGGACAGGUAUCUGAAUUAUUUUGCCACCAAGUCGAGUCCGACCGGGGUGAUCUUGGACCUGUGGGAGGCGCAGCACUUUCCCGACGGCAAUCUGAACCGACUGGCCGCCGUACUGGAGGAGAUGGGUCGCCAUGAGAACAUCGUGUCCAUGGCAACCGAGCACUGACACCUGCAGGCGACGCCGGGCGCAGGAAGUUCCCGGGAGGAGAGAGAGCGAGUCACGGCGGGCGGCACCGAAACGCAGCCAGAUCACUGUGACAUCAGCAGACCGGCUCGAACCGUCUGUUUCAUAAAACCAAUCCACUUCACAGAUGAGCAUCUAAAGAAACGCAGCCCUGCCGUCUGUACUUUUGUCAAAUCAGUUUCUUAGGAAACGCGACUUCUGCUGUCCAAAUACUGGACCCCGCCCUCCUUUACUGGGACUUGCAAUAGGAUAAUAAGAGCAGGAAGUGGGCGUGACCUACAGACAGACAGGGCCAUAAACUCUUUAUUGUUUUCUUUUAAACUGCCUUGUUUUCUUUUCAUCCUUUCAUUUCUUUUUGCAAACAUGUCCAUCUCAUGUGGGUGGUUUUUCAGCGCUAUCCGGUGGACAGAACCUGCAACUACACACGUGAGCCUUCUGUAUAUAUGCAUUCACAACAGUGUAAAGUUUUACCAGUGUUAUUAUUCUUAAUGAUGAUCAUUUUCUUAUUGCGUUUUGUUGAAUAGUGACCUGUAUCUAAUUGCAAUUUAGUCAAAAAAAAGAUCUUUUAGGCGUUUUGUAAACCUUCACGUGUUUGACACCUGCUGCUUUGAAACAGAAACACAUGAGGGAGAAUUUCUGGAGACCAUUUCAGGAAAACUCAGUGGUCAGAUCUCUCUCAUCUUCACCGCAUCAUCAACUCGAUUAUGUUCCAGGUCCAGACUUUGAUGUUUGGGUUUGCUGCAGUGUCUCGAGUUUAAGGCACGUGAGACUUUUGUUUGAAGAAACAGAGACAGAUGUGAGACGUGUGUGAGAAACGCUGGAUGCAUGUGAUCGUACCGAUCUCUAUCUGCUGCAGUUAAAGAAUUAAUUGUAAAAAGAAAAAUAGCCAUUUGAGUGUUUGCAAUUUACAGCGCCGUCUCUGUUCACCAUCAUUUUCCUCGUACAAGUUGUCCAACUUUCUAAAGCUGUCUAUGCAAACUCUGCAUCCUUUAUAAAAACGAAUUAUAUCUGCUAAAAACCGCUAGCAGUCGCUUUCCAUAGUUAUCAUAUGAUUAUAUUUAUAGUGAGGAUGUUACUUAUACUUUUAUGGCACGUUCAUGAUGUAAUUUGCAAACGCUUGCAUCUCUGUGAAGUUUCUGUACAAAAUGUAAGAAAGAAUUUUUAAACAAGUAAUAAAUUAUAUUUAUAUGCAACACUGAA